GGGUGGGGCGCUGCCCGCCCGGGGAUGCCCGCGGACCUGUCCCCGCCUGCCCGAGCCCUGCGGCCGUGUUUGAGGAGCAAACCCCGGGCGGCUCCGUGACUAAGAGCCCCAGCGGCGCUCCCGCCCUCCCCACACUCAGUCACCGGCCCGCGUCUGCUUCCCCCGCUCUGUUGGAGGUGCACGGGGGUCCUGCCCGCUAGUGAGCCCACGGCCCCCGCUUUCCUUUUGGCCGGGGGCGCGACCACCGGUGCUGCAGGUGCCCGGCGGGGUGUGGCGGGGCCCGGCUCGCACCGCCCCGGCUCCUCCCGCCGGGGUCCUCGCCGUCCCCUACGCCCGCCCAGCUGCCCCGCCCCGCCCGGUCGACAGCGGGUGAUGGCGCCGGCGUGCCCCUGAGGAGCCACAGCGGGGGACGGUGGGGAAGCCAUGGAGGAGGACCCGGAGCUGGAGAGGAAGGCUGUGGAAGAGUUACUUAAAGAGGCCAAACGUGGGAGAACCAGAGCUGAAACAAUGGGAGCUAUGGGUUGGUUGAAAUGUCCUCUUGCUGGUACAAAUAAAAGAUUUCUUAUUAAUACCAUCAAAAACACAUUGCCAUCUCAAAAAGAACAAGACCAAGAGCGUGAGCAAAAGGAAGAUGAUAAGGAGUCUGAACCAAACAAAAGCAGGAAAGAAGAAAAACCAAAGAAACGCAGAAUUCAUCCGUAUACACCCAGCUUUCAAUCCAGAAGGAGAGUCAGCUACUCUCCUCCAAGGCACCAAAGCAGGAACCAGCACACAAAGGAUAAACAUGAAAAGCGAUCAAGCAAGCGAUGAGGAGAGGAGAGUGACAAGAAUGUGUUGUUACAAGUCAGGAAUGUCAUUGAGUAUAGGAAAGCGGGGAAGUCUCAGUUAUUCAAGAAGAGUUGAUGUUCAGACUUGAGUUUUGAACCAAGUUGCCUGUGUGAGAAGUAAUCUUGAGGUAGCUUUAGAACUUUUCUUUGGGACCUUUAAGAGAAAAGCAAAGUAAGCAUAAAACUUUCAGUUGUUUUAGAACAGACAUUCCCUUUACUCUGUUCCUUUCUCCCCUUCUGACUAAGCCUAGGGUCUUGGUAGGGUCUUGGUGAUGGAGUGUGAUACGUGUGUCACUGUCUAAUACAAAUCAUUUAGUCAUGUCACUCUUCUGGAAAUAAAUUUAAAUUAAGUAGAAUUCUAUUUAUUGUGUGAAGUUUGCAAAACUUCUUUGCUGCUAACCAAUAAAGAAGUUUUGCUUAUUUGGGUUAGAAUCUAGAAGAAGAGAAAGCUGGUCAGUACCUGGCCAAGCACAUGCAUUGUGUAUAGAAUAUAAGAGAUUGCUUUCUUUAAUACGAAAAGAACAAAUUUAAAUUGGGCAAUGCUGGUUUUGCUUUCCAGGAGGAACUGCCGGGGAAUACUGAUUUUGCUUGUUAAUGUAUAUUCAGAAACCUAUCAUAGAUAACAAUAAACAUUAACCCUAAAAAGCUGCAACUGCAAUAAUUGUCUCUGUUUAGACUUCCCUCCGUAAGGAAGUAGUUGGAACAGUCUGUUGUCAUGGUGCUUUCAAAACAAAUCCUGAAGACAAAAUUUUCAUCUUUUCUGUUCACUGCUAGAAAGUUUCCAAGUGAAUAUGUAAUACUAGAAAUACAGAGGUGAUGCUUAAACUGUCAAAUGCUCACUUUCCAAGCCUGUGUGACAGUUCUGGAGUGGUACAGUUCUUAAACCUGUGACGAUGAGCAUAAAUGAUACACAUUGGCAUCUUCUAUGUCUCACUUCUGUUUGUGUUGCAUUAACAAACUUCUAUGUGAAAUAUUUUGUAUUUUACUGUUCUCAGAAAUAAUUGUUUUCAACGUAGGUAUGUUUUUUAGUGUGUUGACAAUAAAAUCGAAGAUGUUCAUUGAAA